UGUAGCUCGAAUGCGUGGUAGACUUGUGUUGUUUCGUUAGGCUACUUGACCAUUUAUGUAAUAGGCUACAUUAAUCACAAGCUGGCACCACUGGGACCGGGAGGUCUCUCAGUGUACGACAGUAAUAAGUGCGUUUAAUGAACACCUGCAGUCUGAGGAUGAGUACGUGCAGUUCGACGCGCUCUGAUGGGGAGCUCACGGACGAGCUGGAGUCGGUCAGCUGGUACCAUUAUGACCUCUCACGCCACGCUGCAGAAGCGCUGUUGCUGUCCAAUGGGGUUGACGGUAGCUUUCUCCUGAGGACCAGCCAGAAGGGGCCUGAUUGCUUCGCCCUCUCUGUCAGGGCAAAGGACUCAGUGAGGCAUUUCCAUGUGAGACGAAUCUGUGGGCGCUACUCCUUUGGCUUCAAUGAGUUUCCGUCCUUGCUGGAGUUCACCAGCCAUAUGGCCAACCAGCCGCUCUUGGGCAGUGAGUCAGGGAACCUUAUAGUUCUCAAGCACCCGUACCCCCGUGAGGUGGAGGAGCCGUCCAUCUACGAGGCCGUGUCCGUGCACACAGCCAUGCAGUCUGGCCGUAGACACUCGGACCUGGUGCCCACUGCUCCGGCUCUUGGCACCAAGGAGGGCUACCUGGUGAAGCAGGGCGCUAUUGUUAAGAGCUGGAAACAACGCUGGUUCACACUAAGCAGAAAUGAACUGAAGUACUUUAAGGAUAAAAUGUUUACAGAGCCGAUUCGGACACUGGAUCUAACAGCAUGUUCCGCAGUCCAGUUUGACUACAGUCAAGAAAGGGUUAAUUGUUUUUGUCUGGUGUUUCCAGAGCGCACGUUCUACCUGUGUGCCCGCACUGGAACUGAGGCUGAUGAGUGGAUCAAGAUCCUGCGCUGGAAGCUAUCCCAGAUAAGAAAAGGCAGAUGACAGACAGAAGGAGAAGGAGAUUGAAUAACAAGCAGCCUGCCACUGAACGAGCAAACAGUUAAACCUCAAGUUUAAAGGCUCAAGUUCUGUCACAUGCAUUGAGGAAUGUGCACUGAACUGUACCUUGUGUCACUGCGACGGGCUGAAGGGAACCGUGGAGGUGGAUUCCAUUACAUCAUGGCUCCUGGUAUUUUCUCAACAGUUACUUCCUGGACAGAAAGUGCCAGAGCCCAUUAGUGGAAACAUGCAGUUAUGUUGUCAAGAUCCAGCCAUGAACACACAAUCAGCUGAUCCAGUUAUUCACUACCUGAGUUUUUAAACCAUGAGCCCAUGAAAGAACAUGAAACACUACAAAUGUGAUUUUAAUGGAGGGUAUUGCCUCACCUGUGGGUUGUAUAUGGAGACUUUGAACCCCUUUUUGCUUUUUCCUUCGGCAUCUCUACACCUGUCAGAAGCAUACUGUAGCUGAGAAUGGCUUCUCGUACACUUAAAAUGGAAUAGGCUCUUGUACACAUAGCACUCCAUAGCCUGUUCCGUCAGUGUCUUUCUGUCAUCACAUUUUAACAGCUGGUCUUGGGACAGAUAUUAUUUUCCUUAACUUGAUUGAUGUCUUGAAAACACAGAUUGUAUUGUUGAUCUUGGAACAGAUUGUACUUUAAUGAAGUGACAGCAACUUCGCAAAGGCAGUCUAUGUUCCAAAGACCAACAUCUCUGAACAAUGGCAACUGGUUGAGUGAGGUGUCAGCAAGGCUAUGGUUAGAGGGCUGGUUCCCAUUGAUUACACCAUGAUCAAAAUAUCCUUUCUGUUUGGUACUGCGUAGCAUAGCCACUAAAACGGGGAACAUCUGAAUGUGAACAAAACACUUCUUCUUCUUUGUGUAAAUCUGAAAAGGAAAACCAGGCCUUUAGUUGGAGUUAUCCCAACACCACUGGGCACUAAUAGGCUUCUGGAGAAAUUACUUGUCUGUACAUUACGAUUACAACCAAAGUUGUUGCGUGAAGGGUUUGGAGCUGAUAGUGUCCUUGUAUUCAGUGAGCUGAAAGUGCUCCAAACUGAAGUACUCCAAUAUUGGAAUCAAGUGAUGGACUCAUGUCAAGUGUUUGUAAAGUAAUGCAUAACCCAGGGAUCAUCCUCACAGCAAAUGUGUGCAGCUAAUGAUAUUUAUUUGGAAAAAUAAAAAUAAAUAACUUGUAAUAAGGUCAUGGAGGAAAUCUCAUCUUCUGUCUGUGUUACUGUCUAAGUUCUUGUUUAUAGGCUGUCAAAUAGAUCGUAUGGGGUUUACUUUUUUACUCAAAUUCUUAGAAAGACAAUACAAAUGAUCUUCUGAAGUCUUGGUAUUUUCCAACUUUGUUGCAGAUCUUAGUCUUUACAAGCUAAUCUGGGGUUACACAAGAGAGCAGUUACAUAACAGAAAGUAGCCAUUAACAGGCCAAAUCCAUAAAUCCAUGGAACUAAUGACCUUUCCUUGCUAUUGUACCUUUAGACAAGCAUAGUAAAUCUCUUCAGCUCCAUUCACUGAUGGGAUUUAAGCCAAAUACUAUUUUCAGUAAGUCUACAGUCAAUAUUUUGACUAAUCCCAGCCAGUAUGUGUUGCCAUUUUUAUGACAGUUGUGUUUGCACAACAAAUGUGUAGAUUUGAACAAUCAAACAGACUACAAUGGCAUUCCAAUAGACCGUAUUUGUCAGGUGCUUAUUGUUUGAUAUGAAAGGCAACAGUCCUUUGUUUUAAAUCAAGUAUGGGAAUACCUGUUGAAAAUGAUUUGGAUUUCAUUACACCCUAUAAUGGUCGUAUUUGUCAAAUACCCUAUAACUGAUUGGCUCUUACUAUUGGAUACUCACACAACACUCCCCAUCAACCAUGUAAUUUUACAACUAGACAUAUGGCCACUGCAUGAAGCGGCCACCAAAGUACAGCCACCAC